ACCUGCCUACAUUUGUGAUUGGCCCUGAUGUUUGGCACCUUGCUGUAAUGUCAUGCCCCAACACAAAGCCUGGCAGAGGCACUGGAGCCUGGAGCAGACCACAGCUUUGUGUUUUCCUCCUGGCUGCCUUACACGUUUCUAUCAAUAUUUCAGCAGCCAUCAGACAACAAACAUGGAAUACUUCGCUCUGAAAUUGCCUUUUUGAAAGUGAAACCACCUUGAUUUAUCCUACUCAGAUCUCUGUCUUGGUCUUUUUGUUAUGGGUUGACAUGUCUGUGAAAACGUUGGUUGCGAUCGUCCAACGACACUUUUACGUUGUUCUCUGGCUUCGAAUCGGAAUUGGAGUGCGCCAUUAAUUUGGAUGGUGAAGAAGAUGCAAAACAAGUAAUACUGCACCUUAAGGUUUGUCAUUAAACUUUGAUGGGCAUCUAUUGGGAAUUCUCCGAGAACGUUGUGACUGGAGACGGAGACACGGGGACCAUGUAAGAACCACAUCAACAGCGUGUCUGUCGUUUGAGAGGAGCUCAUACAACACAGUGUAGCAGGAAUGGUAAAUAGCCGGAAUAUUAAUGCGUGCAUGCAAAUCAUUUGCAGCAAUUCAGAGACAGUGGUUCCGCUGUUUGAUGUGAGUGUUUGAUUAUCAGAAUAGAGGUCUCGUCUUUGGUUGUUAUCGUUCCACAGUAGGAACAUCAUAUUUAAUCAUAUGGUUCCUCAUAAACUGUAGUAGAUUAUUUGUGUAACAAGCAAGUUGUUGUUAACCUCCUGUUGCUUUUUCUUACCUCUCACCCACACCUCUUCCCUCUGCCCCUGCCCCCAUACACCCCAUCCUCCACACCUCUGCCCCCCUGCCCCCCCCGCUUUUUAAACAUGAGUAUCUGUACUCGUACUUGAGCAAAGGAUGUGUGGACUUUUGCCAUCUCUGCCUGGGUGCCUCCGUGGUCUCCUGGUUCUCUGUGUGGUGUCUCCUCUCUCCUGCCUGCCCCCGUCCCCCUGCCCCCCUGGCUGCUGCUGCCCCCGCCCCGGCCUCCUGGUCCUGUGUGAGUCCCUGGGCCUCCGGGCCCUGCCUCGCUCCGUGCCUCUCAGCACCUCCGUCCUCUCCGUGGCCCGGAACCAGCUCUGCAACGUGGACCACCUGCUGCGCCGCUUCUCUGGCCUGCAAGAGCUCAGUCUGAGCCACAACCAGCUGGGCCGCUUCCCCCGGGGCCUACCGCCCAGCCUGGAGCGCCUCCUGCUGGAGGACAACCGCAUCACCUACAUCACCUCCGGAGCCCUGCGGCAGCUGGGGAACCUCACCCGUCUGGACCUGGAGGACAACCGCAUCCGGGCCAUCCAGCCGGGGGCCUUGCGGGGCCUGGGGAGGCUACAGGUCCUCACCCUGAAGGGGAACCGGCUGACGAGCCUCCCACUGGAACUCCCCUCCUCCCUCACCCACCUGGACCUGUCGGCAAACUGCAUCUCCGACCUGGACCUUCCCUCGCUGGCGGCUCUGGUCAACCUCCAGGUGCUGAAGAUCAACAGCAACUGUCUACGUUCAGUUCCGGAGCGCGCCUUCGACGGUAUGCCUCGCCUCCGCUCCAUGGAGCUGGCCGACAACCUGUGGGUGUGUGAGUGUGACAUCCUGUACCUUUAUCGAUGGCUGCUGGGGGGAGGGCUGAAGAUGGCCACCGACAUGGUGUGUGUGGAGCCACAGCACCUGGCUCAUCGCCUGCUCCUGAACCUCUCAGUCAUGGUCAUCUGCCCCCGGGUCUUCAAGACGAACGAGAACAUCCCUAGUCUCAGCUUCACCCUGAGACCCAAGAGAACACUGGCAAUCUCCACAGAGGAAACCACGACUCCCGAUCUGUCUAGUUCAACACAGAAAAUACUGGAUGUUACCUUGAGCAUGACAGAAAGCCACGAUGGAGAAUCCGACCUGCAACGGCAAGCUCGAAUGGUACCAAACCACCACACGUUACAAGUAAUGAGCUACGAAGACUGUUUGGCUCUGAACUCAACAACCGAAGUAAACCCACUUCCCCAAAUCAUCGAACCCACACCGUCUAUGCCAGUCCAGGAGCCAAUAUGUUUGGACAACUCAACGGGACGAUACCCUCCAAAUAGCUCAACCUCCGUAGAGGGCAUGCCCCCUGGCAGGACAGGCCCGUCACCCACCCCCAGACCUCUCAGUCUCCAGGGCAGCCCAGCAGUGAUAGCCCUGCUGGCUGUGUUGUGCGUGCUGGUCGUUCUCCUCACACUGGCUGUGCUGCUAGUCCUGAAAACCGUCCUGCUGCACCACCAGAGGGUGGCGCCACUUCAGCAGUCCUGACGGGUAUUUACGUCUUUCACUUGUUUCUGCUGGUCGUGAGAUCAAGUGUACAAGUGCAGCAACUAACUGGUUGGUUUAGUUGGUUUAUUCAGAGGAAUGAAACAAGAUAAUAUACACUUGUUGACAAUAUAUUUUUGUAUAUAAUGAUAUAUAAUUUGUGUUGUAUACUACAAGUGCAGUUAAAUUACUGUUAAUUUAACUAUACCUCAUGCCAAGUUGAGUGACUUUUCCCACAGGGUCCAUUCAGAUUUAACCAUUCGCCAACAAAAUAUUUGAAUGCCAACAACAUUUGCAUAACAAAUAAACUUGUAUUUACAUAUAUAGAUUUCUGUGUACCCAUCCAUUGGA